ACAAGACAUAAACCAAGAAGCUUCAACAUAUUGCCAAUGGAGGGGUCUUUUCGGGAGAUCAGUGGCAAUUUCUCUGCUAGUACCCCUAAAAAGGAAGGCACCAUACUGGAAAUCAUUUCGCUAUGCACUAUAUGUAGGGGACAAUUUAAAUCCACAUCUGGCCUACAAGCCCAUGUACGUAUGAAGCACGAUGAUAACCCUAGGUACAAGUGCGACUGUGGCAAGGGCUUUCUUAGCAAGGCGAAGUUCAAGGCCCAUAGAUUGAAGCACAUUAACGAAAAGGGAUUCAAAUGUGAUGCUUGUGGAAACGAAUAUUCCACCAAGACUAACCUUACAUACCACAUAAGAUGCAAACAUAGUACAGAUAUAGAAGGCUGCCCAGAGUGCCUGAAGCCCAUACAUAGGGGUAAUCUCAAGAGACAUAAAGAGGCCGUACAUGGAAAUGUCAAGCACAAGUGCCCCAGUUGCCAUGGGCGUUUCAGCUAUAAAGGGAAUUUGACUCGACACAUGAAGACAUGCAAACGCCUAUAAUUUGAGGACUUCUGGAUGAUCAUGAUAACAUUUUUAUUUCUAUUUUUUGAGCAGAUGUAAAGUACAAUUUGCAAUUAUGAAAAUCAUAAAUUAACAGAAGUUUAAGCCUCCUUAACGUGUUC